UUUUGGAAUGCAACGGUCGUUUGUGUCUCGAUAUACAGAUUGGAGGUCGAAGCAUGUAUCCCCUGUUAGUACAGAGAACAGCAGCUGGUAAUGAAGCGUUGGACGAAAUUGUGGAAUGCACGACGGCGAGCGACGAGAUGCAAAAAAUUUCCAGGACGUGCGAUGUGGACGAAGGCAAGUCGGGAGCCACCGCCUGCCCCAAAGUCAUUCGCCUUCGGGCUUUGCCGGCGCUCAUGUCCGGCAGAGCUGACUCAGCUCCACGGCCGCAUCGCAUUUCCUUUCAUUGGAUCGGAUGACCUCCUUUGCUUCAUCAGCACGGCGCGUAUCUAAUCCGAAUGACCAAAAAUGAUUGUAGCCUCAUUGCAACUUCGUCAAUUCA